CCAGCGCGCAGGGAAGCGAGGGAACAGCAGGCUCCUUCCAGCAGCGCAUCGAGAUGUGAGUCUGGGACACAGAGGGGGCUCCGAGACCGGCAUUGAUUCGGGCUCAGUUCAGGGAGAACCGGGGGCUGUAGGAAAAUACUUGCAGGAACAAGACAAUGUAAUACUUGGCCAAUACAAAGCUAAGGGUGACCAGCUGCUUCUAACAAACAACAGAAAAACACUUGAAGGACCAAGACAAAGUAAGAUUUCUUCAGUACAAUGGCAAGUGUGACCAGAUCCUUCUGACAAACAGCAGGCUGAGCAAGCAGACCAGCAACCAUCCUGCAUCACAUACACCACCCUGAGGCACACAGAUAUGCGAGGGGAUGAGGAACCAGGUCAAGGUGAAGAGGGAAAUGUUUAUGCCAAUCUUCCACGGACAUUGUGAGACAGCACAGAAGAAUCCCUUCAAUGCCUCACAAAUUGAUGGAUAGCAAUUGUUCCUUCCAGCAAAUAAGGGGGAGAAGGAAGAGAGGACAGAGGAGCGUCAGGUUUCUGCAGCUGAGAAAUGGCUAAGCUUUGUUCCCAUUCACUCAGCCAGACAUCAACUCCAAACAUGAAUUUGCCUUGAGAAGCCAUCGGAAUAACUGUCUCUCACAUAACUCUGAGUGGGCCAAUCUCUUCUGCUGCAGCAUGAUCUGACCCUUGAUGGCAGGGAUUUGAGAUUUUGUGCUGUCCAUUCCUAACUUGAGUAUCCAUUUGAUCUCCUGGUGAGUGUAUCAGGGCAGAUGAGCCAAUGAAUUGAAUCUACUCUGCAUUUAUUUUUUAAUUGUGGUGAGCUAUUAUCAGAGGUGUGAUUAUUCCCCAGCCUGAUCUUCAUUACCCUCUAACUUCAUCAUUUUCAAACAUAUAUCCAGCUCUCUCUUCAUACCUCAUAUGGAAUCCACCUCCACCACUCUCCCAGGCAGUGCAUUCCAAAUCCGAACAAUGCUCCAAAGAUGUUUCUCCUCAUCUCACUCCUAGCUGUCUUGGUGACAAAUUUGAAAUUGUGACCCCUGGUUACUGACAUAGUGGAAACAGAGUAUUCUACUUUACCCUCUCAAAAUUCUUCAUUAUUGUGAACACCCCCAUUUGUGACCCCUCUGCUCCAUGGAGAAUAAGCCUGGUUUCAUUAAUCUUUCUUUGAACGUAAAAUCCUUCAUUCCUGCUGUCAUUCUAGUGACACCUUUAAGCCAUCUCCAGAGUGUUCUUCCUUAAAUAAGGUGUCUAGAACUGAACACAAGCGUAGCCUGAGCAAUGUGGUCUUAGCAAUGAUUUGUAGAGGCGUAGCAUUACUUCCUUGCUUUGAGACUCAAUGCCUCUAUUUUUAAACUCAAAGAUCCUUUGAACCUGCUUCACAACUGUUUCAACUGGCCUGGCCACCUUCAGAGAACGAUGCACAUGAACCCCAAGAUCUCUCUGUUCCAAUUUUCCCUUUAAAGCUGUACCCUUAAGCUUGUAUUGUUUCUUUGCAUUUUUCUCAGCAAAAUGCAUAAGCUCAUAUUUUUCUGCAUUGAAAUUUAUCUGCCAGGUCUCUGCCCAUUUGGCCAACUUGUCAAUGUCCCUGUGAAGUCACUCAGUAUCAUCCUCACAAUGCACUCUUCUCCAUGGCUUAGUAUGAUCUGUAAAUUUAGAGACUUUAUCCUCAAUACCCAACUCCAAAUCAUUUCUACAAUCAAUAUAUUUAUCUAUAUAUAUCUGUCAGUUUCUCUUACGUAAACGUAUGACUAUUUACCAGCCUGUACCUGUUAGUUUCUGCUGAGAAUUGCAAGUGACAAUAUUAAUCUGUUAGCGAGUUUUGAGAAGAUUUGUAGCUCAGUUUGAGGUUCUGGAUGUAAGUUUGCUCACUAAGCUGGAAGGUUCAUUUUCAGACGUUUCGUCACCAUUCUAGGUAACAUCAUCAGUGAGCCUACGGUGAAGCGCUGGUGUUUAGGUUUCCUUGGGUUGGUCAUGUCACUUCCUGUGCCGGUGAUGUCAUUUCCUGUUCUUUUUCUCAAAGGGUGGUAGAUGAGCUCCAAAUCUCUGUUUGUUGAUGGAGUUUCGGUUGGAAUGACAUGCUUCCAGGAAUUCUUGUGCGUGUCUCUGUUUGUCUUGUCCAAGAUGGAUGGAUGUGUUGUCCCAAAGUGGUGGCCUUCCUCAUCUGUAUGCAAGGAUACUAGUGAUCGUGGGUCAUGUCUUUUGGUGGAUAUUUACCAACAGGUGGCGACAGACCUGACCCCACAACUGGAGAACCGAAUCACAGCCUCACUCAUAAAACUUCAAAAAUCUGGAGAAUUAAACAAGAGACUCUUCCAAAAAAUGAAACCAGAUGGAUCCAACACACCACGCUUCUACGGACUACCCAAAAUUCACAAACCAGGAGCUCCCCUCAGACCCAUAGUCUCACUACCUGGAACACCAACAUACAGACUAGCCAAGGAACUACACCAAAGACUAAAACACCGAGUAGAAGACUCACGCCACUCCAUUCACUCCAGCCAAGAAUUCUUGAACACCAUCAAAAGCACCAAGAUAGAAGAGGAUGAAACAAUGGUCUCCUUUGACGUAACAGCCCUGUUCACAUCCAUCAACAUCAAUCUGGCCAAAGAAACACUGACUACACUAGUAGAAGAACCAAAGACACAUACACCAGACACCACCAACCUCAUCAGCAAGGACAAAAUCAUCAAGCUCGUGGACCUAUGCCUCACCACCCACUUCACUUUCAAUAACAAAACCUACAGACAAACUAACGGUACACCCAUGGGAUCUCCGACAUCAGGGUUCUUAGCAGAGGGAGUAGUGCAGAGACUCGAACAAACAGCUCUGCCAAUCAUCCAACCCAAACUUUGGGUCUGCUACGUGGAUGACACCUUUGUCAUCACUAAACGAAACAAAUUAGAGGAAACAUUCAAGACCAUCAAUAAUAUCCUUCCUGAUGUAAAAUUCACAAAAGAGGAGGAACACAACAACAAACUGCAUUCCUAGGUACCACAGUACAGCGACCAGUUAAUGGGGAACUUCAAACCAGCGUCUACAGGAAAACAACACAGACAGACCAAAUACUGAACUGCCUUGUCAGUGUGUAAAUGCACUUAUCGAAGUACACCUGUCAGUUCCUGCUGGGCGAAUGUGUGGGUGCUGUUCCCAACAUGUACCUGUGAGAUUCUGCUCUGUAAAUAGGAGAGUCUAGUUAACAGACUAUACUUGUCAGUUUGUGCUCUGUGAAACUGGGAGUGUAGUUAUCAUUGCGUAUGUCCGUUUUAGCUUUGAGAAUGAAGGUGAAGUUAUUCAUCUCUCCCUGACAGUUCCUGCAAUGCGAAUGCAUGACUGACAUUAGCAGAAACCAAGAGAGACUGAUAACUACAGUCACACCUUUACAUUGUAGUCAAUGUGUUGUCAUCAUUUGUGUGUUUCUGCAAUACGAACAAGUGGGUGUAGUUAUCAAUCUGUACGUGUCAGUUUCUCCUCAUGUAUCAAAAUGGCUAAGUCUCUGAAGGCCAGUAUUAUUCUCUGUGACUGUACAAAUCACUCUGUGAUAGUUAUUGUUAGGGUGUUGAGGCUGGCUCUUAAUCUCUUCUGCAUUGUGUGAUUUAUGAGUUGAGUGUCAAUCCGUGUGGGAGGUGAGGGGGGUGAGGAAGUUCAGGACAUGGGGUGAUAACAGGAGGGGAACUGCUUUAUUCUGAGAACCAUUCUGACAAAUGGUCACAUAUUUCCUAUUUGGUCAGACAGCCUGAGAUCUGUGGUACCACUGAUUAAACUGCUUGUUUCUCACCAAAAACAGAAUCACAGAUAUGGUACAGCAUAGCAGCAGACCAUUCAGCCCACUGUCUCUGUACUGGGAAUUUUUUAUGCAGCAGUUCCGCAGUAAUUGUCAGGAAUGUGAACUUCAUCUACUCAUUGUCACCGUCUAUUUGUAAAGGCCAAUAUGACAUAAGUUCUGUGGGUAUCUGGCUUUUCAUAACGAUUGUGGUAGUUUUGAUAUGUUUCCCACAGUCUCAG